UUCUUUCCUUAGAUUUUUGACGUUUGACUGCUUUGAAACGACUUGAUAGCUGUCUAUGCCAUAGUCUGUGUCUCUGUGUCUGAUACUCUGAUUGUCGCUCAGUCUAUCUUUUAUUUAUAUAAUGGAUUACAUCUCAAAUAUCUUUAGUAGUCCUUUAGGAAUUCGAGAUUUGGUAUGCUCAGCAUCUCUUGGGGUUGCUGCUGUUGGUAUAUCACUUUUCAUCUAUGCCAAAGUAACAGGCACUGGAUUUUGUAAAAAGAAGUGUGAUAAAAAGGGCAGUGUGGUUAAUCAGAGUAUUAAAAAGGGUGAUUCAAAAGUAGUUGACACUUUUGACUUAGAAGACAUAGGGGACAAGAAAGUAUUCUGCCGAUGCUGGCGUAGUGCUUCGUUUCCCUACUGUGAUGGUUCACACAACAAGCAUAAUACAGAGACUGGUGAUAAUGUUGGCCCACUAAUUGUUGGAAAGAAAAGCAACUGAACAAGCAAUCUACCAUGUGGUAGUUACUGCCCAUCUCUUUAGUAGUUUUUCAUAUAUUUAGUUAUUAUUACUACUGGUUUUCAGCUUGUAAACACAUUACACAUGUAUUGAGGAA